AUGCCUGUCGAGGUCCAUCAUUCUCCUCCGCCCUUGCAUCAACCGGGCUCGGGGAAUAUCCGACCCAAAGGGAUCUUGAAAAACCCCUCCUUUUCCUCCGGUAGUGGUAGACCAGGUUCGCCUCCCAAAGAGGAAUUCCACUUUCCGCCCACUACUCCGCUCGACCCCCAUGAAGAGAGAGAAUUGGUCCUUCAAAACACCCUGCAGAAUGCCGGCCACCGUCGGUCUUCAUCCGCUGCUCGAAGAACCUCUGUUUCUCGCCGUCAUUCGUCCGCAAAUACUGCUCAAGGGGAGGAUGAACAAGAGAAAAUACGUCUGAAGUGGGACGAAGCCAACUUGUAUCUCGCAGAACAACAGUCGGGCAACCGGAUGAAAAUCACGGAGCCCAAGACUCCUUAUCAAUAUGGCGGAGCAAUGGAGGAGGACGAUACAGAGGAAGACGUGGCUAUCGAUCCCCGCUUUGUCAACGUGGAUGAAGUCGAUCUUGCCCUGGGCAAACACAAAAAACAGCGAGAAAGCGACAUCCCAGGGCUGGAACUGGGCGACCCAGAAGAAGAAUUCAGUCCUACCGCCAUGACGGAGGAUGACAGAAUUGUGAGAGAGCACAGUCUUUCUCUCUCCAGGGAGGGCAGCAGAGAAAAACAUGUUAGUGUCAGUGAGGGCAGUGAUGGUGAUGUGGUCAACGAGCAAGUGGGCAUGCCGACCAGAGAAGAACAAGAGAAGCAUCGUGCGUUUGAGGAGCGACGGAAGAAGCACUAUGAGAUGCGGGAGAUCAAGAGUUUACUUGGGCAUCCCGAGGAAAUGGAUGUGGAAGACGAAGACGGCCCCGUUGCAGCUGCAAUACCUCGAGAUUUGCCCCAGAGGUCAGUCAACGGAACAAACUAG